GAUGAGCAAGCAGUAGCAGGUGGAAUUGGAAAGGACAAACACAAAAAAAAUGCGACAACUAGUGGCACAGCUGCACCAUCAAAUGACACGUCAUCUACUUCAAAAACAACAACCAUUUUGACAGAAAAUGAACGAAAGGCGUUGCUGCUUUACAUUCGGUACCAGUACUUGUUGGAGCCAGUCGUUUCACAAGAAAACUCAGGUUCUGGUACAACAGCUGACAACACAGGAGUAGCUCUUAAAGUUGACGGCAAAGCGAGCAAGCACAAGCAGACCAGCGCAGAGGUACAGCUACCACCUCACGUGAAGAAACCACCGAUAGUAGGUAAGGAGGAAGAGCGUAUCGCAUCCGCAUUUCAAGAUGGCAUUCGGGAUAUUGAGCGGGCAGAGCUCAAUGCGGCUAUGCUCGCGCCAGGAUGGACGAAAGACUAUGCGAAUACUGUAGAAAGACGUGAAAUUAUAGGAGGCAACCAUCAAUCUGUUUUUACUGCCGCAAUCUCUGCAGCUGGAAGCCGUCGCAUUGGUAAAAUACAGCUGGAGCUCAGCCGCCAACUACUACGCCAGGGAGCAGCAGGGGAACAAGAAGAUGUGACAUCUCUCCUUGAGGACGCGCAAGCUCAAGUAGGACAAGCUUUUCCAGCUUCAGCUGAAGCAAAUAUGCGCAGCUUGAACGUUUUCGGUUUGUCCGCAAACACUGUCGAGAACAAGCUGGAGAGCAUCCCUGUGCGCUUGGCAGCAGCUCCAGGAUCCAACCAAAUGGCCAACCGCAUGUGGCAUUUGUCUAAUGUUACCUGCCACUGUAGUUCAUUCGGCAGUCUCGAGACUAGGAUUCGGACGGUAGUGGUUUUCUAUUCACACAGCAUCACGGUAUUUGACGAAACGGGGUCGCCCUGCAUGCCAUCGAUUUGCAGUCCCGUUCCUUUGUUGAAGCUGAACUAUAGCCGAGCCUCACCGUUUGUGAUCGGUAUGGCUGCACCGGAGCUGAAAAUGUCGCCUACACUGUUCGGUGAUCAUAGAGAACUUCAUACCAUAGCGGCUAUGAGGCAUGCAGCAGCUGCAGCGGCAUCUGCCGCGGUGAACGAAGCGGAAAAUAACGUGCUUAGUGCUGGACUAGCUUCUUCUUCAGCAUCGAGUGGGGUUGUUCUUGGUGGACCUUUGUCUGAGAGUAGAGCAGAUGUAAGCUUAAGGGUUACCACAUUGCAUUCUUCACUACCAUCCUUGACUCUUUUCCUAGUAAAAAAGAGGCCAGGGAUGAUCUGAAGAAUGCAAUGCCGCAACCUCUAAUAAGCGCAGCUUUAGAGGCCGUCGAGACCGGCGACCUCCGCUUAACAGCAUUGCGAUCUCCGACUUCGCGAAUUCUAGUUUGGGAUCUCGAAUUUCGUCUCGUGGUCAUGACAGAGCCUCUACCACCUGUUGCACGUCACCCAGCCAAGAUUUUCGUCACUUCCGAAGGCAUUGUUUGCGCCGAAAUGCCUAGGGAUCCGCGGUCACAGGCAGUCAAAACCUAUGCCUUCAUCCCGUCGACGCGGUGUUGGGCACUAGCACGAUCUCCCCAUAUAUCGUUCUUCUGUGAUCCGCCAAUAUACCUGGACAAGAUAGCUUUAGAGAUGGAUGAAAGAACUAGAGGUGGGAAUGCCAUGUCAGCACAGGCAGUAAGCAACAACAUGUUUCUGGACCCGUACUCCUUCUCUCGCUUCAGAGACGCGUCGAGCUACCACUAUUGGCGUCAAAGCCUGCCUUUGAAUCUGGCGAUAAAAGGUAAAGAGUCGUUGCGCGAUUUGCAGUUUCGGUUUGCGUUAGCAAACUACUUGCGUCUCCCGACACAAGCACAGGAAAUUGCAAAGGCACUUUGUUUUUGGUUCCAAGAACCCAAGAACAGGUUGUUGACUCCUGCUGCUUCCCGACAACAUGAUAACAAGACUGUUCCGACGCUGUGGAGCAAGACGCUUCAUCAAGAGGAUGUAGCCCAACAUGAUCAUCCGCUCCUUAGAUGGGUCACGGUCAACAACGUGAAAAAACACCCUUACAAAGGGUUGGCGCUAGUCGAAAAAUCCUCCAACGUGCCUAGCUUCACUUCGCAUUUUAGCACGGAAAUGCUGAGAAGGUUGGAACUUCCAAAGCUGUCACUGGAGAAGUACACUAUCGAAGAGCGUCGCUCCAGACGAAAAAAGGCUAAAGGCAAUCCAUCCAUCCCCAAACUACUCAGAUAACGAUAUUUUUAAUCCCAAUCUUCGUAAUAUCUCAUGAAAAUUCCCAUUCCCAUUGACUCCCUGUAGUUGUCUCACUAUGCCAUUUGUUUCUCAACGCUUUAUGUUUUCAUGUGUAAGCAAAAGCAAGAGGAAGAAAAGAAGCAUCAACAAACGCAGG